CUAACCUAACAUUACAUUAUUUUUAAUUAAUUUUUGUAAGUACUAUUAAAUAUAUAAUUAAAACUAGUCAAUAAUGACGUGGAUAUUUUUACUACAAGAUUCUUACAUCGGUGACUGUUGCAGUUUAGAAAUAGUUCCUUUGAAGCACCCAGGCACCGGCAAGAAAAGUUUAUUUGUUUUCAAUAAACAACAUGAAAUACAAGAAAUGAUGUCGUUUUCUGAAUCAAAGCGUUCGUGGUUUAUAAAUGACACUGUGGCUUCAAAUGGGAAUUUAUAUUUGUCGACGCCUAUUGAUCCUUUAUUUUAA